UGAUUGCGUAGCGGGCGGGGCCGGAAGUGCCGCUCCCUGGUGGGGGCUGUUCAUGGCGGUUCCGGGGUCUCCAACAUUUUUCCAGCUUGUGGUCCUGAAUCUGUCCGAAGCGGAGGCAGUAGAGCUUGAGGUUCUUGCUGGUGUGAAAUGACUGAGUACAAACUGGUGGUGGUUGGAGCAGGUGGUGUUGGGAAAAGUGCACUGACAAUCCAGCUAAUCCAGAACCAUUUUGUAGAUGAGUAUGAUCCCACCAUAGAGGAUUCAUACCGAAAACAGGUGGUUAUAGAUGGUGAAACCUGUCUGUUGGACAUACUGGAUACAGCUGGACAAGAGGAGUACAGUGCCAUGAGAGACCAGUACAUGAGGACAGGCGAAGGCUUCCUCUGUGUGUUUGCCAUCAAUAAUAGCAAAUCAUUUGCAGAUAUUAACCUCUACAGGGAGCAGAUUAAACGAGUAAAAGACUCAGAUGAUGUACCUAUGGUGCUGGUGGGAAACAAGUGUGAUUUGCCAACAAGGACAGUUGACACAAAACAAGCGCAUGAACUGGCUAAGAGUUAUGGGAUUCCGUUCAUUGAAACCUCAGCCAAGACCAGACAGGGUGUUGAAGAUGCCUUUUACACACUGGUAAGAGAAAUACGUCAGUACCGAAUGAAAAAACUCAACAGCAGCGAUGAUGGAACUCAAGGUUGUAUGGGGCUGCCUUGUGUGGUGAUGUAACAAGAUACAGAGUUCUAUCAUCAGAAAAGAGCCACUUUCAAGCUGCACUGACACCUGGUCCUGACUUCCCUGGAGGAGAAGUAUUCCUGUCGCUCUCUUCAGUCUCACAGAGAAGCUCCUGUAUUUCCCCAACUCUCAGUAGAUCAGUAAAAUAUCCUCUAUUUGAGAAGUUCUCAGAAUAACUACCUCCUCAUGUGGUUGUCUGACCAGAGAAAUGCACCUCUUGUUACUUGCCCAGUAUUUUUCCUUCCUGGGUUCUCUUCCCUUACACACAUACACCUCCACCACCCCAGGUUUUUCAUCUGAAAAGCAAUUCCUGCUCUGAAACAGAGAACCAAACUGUAGACGUAAAAUUCUGUUGAAAACAGUGUCUUGUGCUCCAAAGUAGCAACUGCUGGUGAUUUUUUUUUUUUUUUCCUUUUUACUGUUGAACUUGGAACUAGGUUGGUUUUUGGAGAAAUGUCAUAAAUUACUAUUUGCAGAGAAUAUAGCUAAUGUUGCUGUUUGGUUGGUUUGUAAUGUUAUUGGCUACAUUCUAUAAACUGGCAUCUACACUGUAUUCAUAAAUACAAAAAUGAAUACUAACUUUUGAGUCUAUCCUAGUCUUCUCGACUUUCAUGUAAUUAAAUCCAACUCUCACAAUCAAGUGCCUUUUUCCUAGAAGUGGUUCGUAGACUUCCUUCACAAUACUUCAGUGGUGUAGAUGUCUCAGAAACCAUUGUAUAUGCAAAUGAAUGUCUGUGAUCUCUCUACCUUUGAGGAAAAGAUACACCUGUAAUAGCAGAUGCCAUUGCUUACAGGUAUGAGUUGGUUUUCUAUUGGCCUGUUUUGGGGCUCUCCAAGGAGAAAAAUGAAACUGGAAAUAAUUAUGAAUAACUUCACUUAAUUUUUACCUAAUUUUCACAUUUUUUUGUAGGUUAUUACCUAUAAAAUACAUGUAAUUUGUUUCUUAUAGCUUACUGAUAAUCUAGUGUUCAAUGAACUUCCACUGGUAUUCAAAUUUGGGUCAUACCAGAGAGCUCUACAUUUGCAGGUGUUCAAAUAUUGUAAAGAUUUCUAUUUAAUAGCUAUUAUCAAUGAUUUCCAAGCCUCAAAUACAGCAUAUUAACAGACAUACUACAUUUUGAUUGUAUAUUGUGGUAUCUUGAUUAUGUAUAUAAUUAUUGUCCUCAGUCCCUCCUCACUUCAUCUUCUGCCCCUCAUGCCAUAGCAGUGGGGCUUUAUUAAUGAUUUCAGUUGAGCAAAGCAUGGUGCUGAUAGACCAGGGUCACAGUUCGAAAACUUGAAUGAGCCAGUUAGCAGCUCGCAGAGAGAAAUUCUUCCACAUUUGCACAUUACACCAGUAACUCCAGCUAGUAGUUUUGCCAGAUGCGUGCUGUUGGCUCUGCAAGGAAAGAAGUGUUCAGUCAGUUAACAAUCCUUCACCGUGACUGAAAAACUUGGUAUCCUAAGGAAGGCUGGUUUAGAAGGCUUUUUAAAUAAAGUAUUUAGACUUUUUUUAGCCACAUGAAACUAAAUUAAGCCAGUACAUUUUCUCAUUAAAUAUUUUUUUGAGAAUGAGGUGCCUUGAAACCAAAUUAAAAAGCUUUUCUUAUACGUAAUGUUUUUUGAAGGGUUUAAAACAGGAUUUUUAUUAGUCAGUGCAUACCAGAUAACCAGAGCUGGUGUGUUUGUUCAAGACAAGAAGUAGUCUUUCAACUGAAAUUGUGGUUUGAGAAAGGAAUAGCAAAUAUAAUUCAUUGUUAGUUACAACAUUGGGAGACUCGGCUUUUCCAUUUGCAGAUAAUACCCUGGUAAUUCUAAUGAAAAACAGACUUGGAUAACUUUGAUAAAAGAAUAAUUCCAAAAUGUCACUAUCUGUUCAGGUCUUCUAGUGUCGAAACACUCACUGAGGUCCUCCAUCUUUUAGUAUCCACAUUACCUUGAAAGGAAUUCACAAGUUCAGAAGAGCCAUAUACUGUGCCCAUAUAAACCUAGAGACUUGUGCUCCUUCAUGCUACUUUGAGAGCUUUCAUAGUGCUGUCAUCACCUGUAAACAAGCUCUGCUGCUUUGUUUCUGCUCCUUUGAAGCAUUGCUCUAUAAUUUUUCUGAGGCUAGGUUGGGGCUUAUCACAUCAACCAGUCAUCUUCUAGAAUUUUUUUUUAGCAUCUGUGUGCCUGGCGGCAUGACUCUUUUCCUAAGAAGUGUAUUAAAUUUAAUGCUAAGUUAGGGAGAAAAGAUAAAAUUACUCACCUCAGGCUCUUGUGCCCACAGCCCUCCUACGUAUCUGUAGUUUUCUUGGGUGUACUCUAAGCACAGAAGUAUCUAAGUGGGGCCAAAAUUGAGUCUUGAAAAUGUUCUUAUUCACUUCUUAAGAAGUUAAACUUGGGUGUGAGUUUUGGUACAAUAGGGCAACAAGCUUACAGUUUUUUAAAAAUGCUGAAUAACUUCAGUUAGUGUGGUAUAAAGUAUGGUUUUUAGAAUAUGUUUGUGAGUCUGAAAGUAAUUCUGAGUUACCUCAAAAUCUGAAAGUUUUUUCCCCAAGUUAAGUGCCUGGCCAGCUGUCAUAAAUUAUAUAUUCCUUUGUGUUUGUUUAUAUACUUUUUAAAUGUUGCAAGUUGAAGAGUAAAAAUGUCUAAAGGCUACCAUGCAUAAUCUGUAAAUUAAUCUAAGUGCUGAAUUUGCUCAAACAGCUUACUGUAGAAUGCUACUGUAAAAUAUCAUACUUAAGACUUUAGGAGUGUAAUAGUAAAAUUAGUCACAAUUUUAUUUUAAUGGGCCCCUCCUUUAAAGUGCUGUGAAUUUUUGUUUUGUUUUGACUUGAAAACAAGGACAGAGAAACACUUUAAAGAGCUGUUUUUCCCCCGUUCCAGAAUAAUCACAUUUUGCUUUAUAUUUACCAUCAUAGACACUUAAGCUGGCAGCUACAACCCAGUACCAAAAAAAAAAAAAGGUGCAUUCUGCUUCUUAUAAUUCAUCUCAGCUAUUUAUAAGAAGCAAGGAUAAUUAAUUAGGGAAAAUAUUUUAUUUGGGUGAUUUCUAUAAAUAAGAGACUAAUUUUUGUGUAUUAUUUUUCAUCCUUUCCAAGUUUCUUUAAGCAGUCUGACAUGCCACAAAAUUAUUUUAAGAUAUUUGGUCUUUAUGAGAAUUGUUUUAAAAGUGUCUGUUUAUCAGAAUAGUUACAGAUAUAUUUCAAAAUAUAACUGGUAACUUUAGAAAGCCUGAGUACUGACCUAAGAAACAUUUGGGAACUAUUCUGGAGGGGAGGGAGGGUUUCAAUGGAAGUUUCAUGACUUAUAUUUCUGUGCCAUCAAGUAUAGGUAAAAAUAUCAACUGUGUAAUUCUGUUGUUUAAAUGGAAACUUUGGCAUCCUUGACCCCUAAAUAAAAGGGCUGGUAUUUUAAGUUGACUAUUGUAAAUUAAUCCAUCCUAAUUUUUUUUUUUUUAAUUUGGUUAAAUACUUUUCUUGUUAAAUGAUUUUUAAAAAAUAAAAACUGGAAGUUC